UAUUAGGGAGUGUUCAGUUUGAGGUUCACGGUUAUCUAAGUAGUAAAGCUUCAAUGGAUCUGCUUGUGUUCCUGGUGCUCUGUAUCUCCUGUUGCCUCCUCCUUUCAUUCUGGAAACAGAGCUCUCAGAAAAGACAUCUCCCUCCUGGCCCUACUCCUCUCCCAAUUAUUGGAAAUAUCUUACAGAUAGAUGUUAAGAAUGUCAGCAAAUCCCUGAACAAUCUUUCAAAAAUCUAUGGUCCUGUGUUCACUGUGUAUUUGGGAAUGAAACCCACUGUGGUUCUGCAUGGAUAUGAAACAGUGAAGGAGGCCCUGAUUGAUUUUGGAGAAGAAUUUUCUGCAAGAGGCAGUUUCCCAAUGGCAGAAAGAGCUACUAAUGGAAAUGGAAUUGUUUCUAGCAAUGGAAAGAAAUGGAAGGAUGUAAGGCGUUUCUCUCUCAUGACCCUGAGGAAUUUUGGAAUGGGAAAGAGAAGCAUCGAGAAUCGUGUACAAGAAGAAGCCUGCUGCCUGGUGGAGGAGUUAAGAAAAACCAAUGCGUCACCAUGUGAUCCUACUUUUAUCCUGGGUUGUGCUCCCUGCAAUGUGAUCUGCUCCAUUAUAUUUCAGCAUCGUUUUGAUUAUAGAGAUCCACAUUUUCUAAGUCUAAUGGAAAAACUUAACGAAAAUUUCAGUAUUCUGAGUUCUUCAUGGUUGCAACUUUGUAAUGCUUUCCCUAUUCUCAUUGACUAUUUCCCUGGAAGUCAUAACAAAGUAUUCAAAAAUGUUGAUUUUGUUAAGAAUUAUAUUUUUGAGAAAACAAAAGAACAUCAAGCAUCUCUGGACAUUAGUAAUCCUCGGGACUUUAUUGACUGUUUCCUCAUCAAAAUGCAAGAGGAAAAGAACAAUAAUAACCUGGAGUUUACUUUUGAAAAUCUGACUAUCACAGCUGCUGAUCUGUUUGCAGCUGGGACAGAGACAACAAGCACCACGCUGAGAUACGCUCUUCUCCUCCUGCUGAAGCACCCUGAGGUCAUGGCUAAAGCCCAGGAAGAGAUUGAGCGUGUGAUUGGCAGACACCGGAGCCCCUGCAUGCAGGACAGGAGCAACAUGCCCUACAUGGAUGCCUUGGUGCACGAGGUUCAGAGAUUCAUUGACCUCCUCCCUCUCAACCUUCCCCAUGCUGUGACCCGGGAUAUUAAAUUCAGAAAUUACAUCAUUCCUAAGGGCACAACUGUAAUUACAUUACUGUCUUCUGUGUUGCAUGACGAAAGAGAAUUCCCGAAAGCAAAGGUGUUUGAUCCAGGCCACUUUCUGGAUAAGAGUGGAAAAUUUAAGAAAAGUGACUACUUCUUGGCUUUUUCAGCAGGUAAACGCUCAUGUGCAGGAGAAAGCCUGGCCCGCAUGGAACUUUUCUUAUUCCUGACCACCAUUUUACAGAAAUUUAACUUGAAAUCUGUGGUUGAUCCCAAGGACCUUGAUACUACCCCUGUUGUGAACGGAUUGGUUUCUCUACCCCCUUCUUACAAGCUCUGCUUUGUUCCUCUGUGAGAAGAAUAGAUCACCUACUUCUUCUAUGAUUUUGUCUGAAAAUCCCUCCAUAUAGGGCUUUGUUUACCUCCUUCCCUCUUUAUCCUUUUCCUCAGAUGCUAUCUCUGAUAUCUCCUCCUCUUAUCUGUCCAUUGUCUCCAGAUUAAAAGACAUCCAGUGUUCA